UUAUCUGACUUCUUCUGUGCGCUCUGCCCGCCUUCCAUGAGUUUGAAUUCAUUCAUAGUGGGACUAAGAAUGGAGGAGACGUUGGAGCAGGAGAAACAAGAGACAGAAGGUGGAAUCCGCCGCCGAUUGCGGGACAGGGAUCUGCUCAGAAAGAGGAAGGCCGAGGCGGAAGAGAAGGAGACUAACCAGUGGGUUGUGAGAGAGGAGAGGCAGAGGAAAAGAUCGAGGGCUGAUGAAAAGAGCGGCACAAAAAAGAGAGGGAGGCCCAGGAAGGGUGAGCCCACGCUGGAGAUACCUGUCAGUCAGGACGAGGCAGCAUCUGCUCCGGAGGCUCCUGCAGUAAUGGGAGUAGUGCCUGAAUCUGUGGGGGUUGACUCAGAGCAAACAUCAGGCUCUCUGACCCCCUUGUGCGAUACAGGAGAUGACAAACUAGAGUCACAACCAGAGUCUGUCCCUGUCGCCCCUGCCUCCAUCCAAGUCCUGGAGCGUGCCAUGACCUCUCUCUAUGCUCCUCUUCUGACUUCUCCAGCACCAGUUAACCAGAGUCCAACCCUUCUUUCUUUCUCAGUUCCUGCCCCUCUCCCCACCAGUGUUGUAGAUGGAGCUUUGGUUCUUCUGAAAGCUCCAGAUGCUGUUUCAGUCCCAGCUCCAUCUCAAGUCCCUGUUCCAGUUCCAGCUCCUCCCCAGGUAGAGACCCUCUGCACAGAGGAACGAGACAGAGACGCCUUUGACCAGGUCCUGAUUGAAGACUUGGGCCCAGAUGAGGAGGAAGACCUCUCCCUAUUGCAAGACAAAACAGCUGAUGAAGAUUUGACUGAGCCACCGUCGAUCAAUAUACCUGAACAAGACAGAAUGUUCUCCAUUCCAACGUUGUCCUCUCAACCUCCACCAGAAUAUCUCCAAGGAAAUUAUUCUAGCUUGUAAAAAGAUACUUUUGUCUCAGUUCAGGACAAGCAGAGCCAGAUUCCUUCCCUUCUUGUCAGUGUGCACCUGAGUAUUGUUUUGGUUGGUGUGCAGCCUGUUGGUUGAAGAGAACAAACAUGCUGAGCAUUAGCAUCGCUUAUUUGAAAAAAAGAAUGUAUGAAUUUAAAUCAAACCUGUAUCCAUUAUUUAUUCUUGGUUUGUGCUUUGCAUUAAGUCAACGGAAAAACUUACUAGCUUUUAUUUUAGAGGUGAAUUGUCUGUAUUACUGGUAAUUCUUUGUUAGUUUAUUUUUUUUUACCAAAUAAAAUACAAUGCUUAUAAUCUUAA